CAUCAGUACUAUAGUCGAUGUCGAUGCUGGAAUUGUGGUAAGUAUUGGAGGUACAUAUUCUCACGCAAAAGACAAAUAUUGCCAAAGCCUCUGCAGAGGUAGCACGAGAGACUGUCACACCAACUUCGGACAUUUUGUGAAAGAUAGCAUACAGCUUGGAAGGUGACAUAACUAAGGAUAUGGUGCUAAGCUUAAGAGAUGACAUAAAGACUUCCUUUAUGUUUAGGCUUGAGAGGUGGCUUAGCUGGUGGUAUAGUGAUUCUCAGGCCGACCUCCACAAUCUGUCAUGCCCGAUCCCAUAAGGGAUAUGAGGCUUUCCAAGUAGUGGUAGGUCUUGUAGCAUUCCUAAAUUCGUAGAAUGCUACAAGACCUAUCAAUAUCAACUAUGUGUAAUGUCGACAUAGAAACCAAUGGUGUGGUUUUAAGUUUAGGAGGUGGCAUAAAGCCUUCUUCUAGGGCAAAGAUUGGGAUGUGGCAUAAGUGGUGGCAGCGAUCUCAAGGACGACAUCCAUAAGGGUGCAUUGCCUAAUCUUGGAGGUGCCAUGAGGCCUUCCGAGUCAUCGCCAAAUUUAAAAAAGAAUCUAUACUUUUCUCUUUAAUUUUUAUCAAUAGUCAUAAUUGCGGAGCCAACAAGAGGUUAAAAAACUUACACUAAACCUAUUAUCCUCCGCUUCAAAUUGCGAGAAAUUAGUGAAAGUUCAUGAAAAAACACAUCUUGGUGAGUCAUCAUAGUUAAUGGAUUAGGAUGCUAAUACAUAAUCACCUGAUAACUUUGUGUGACUAUCAUCCGAAUUUGUUUAGUAUAAACUAGGUUUCUAUUCUAUAUGUUAAAGAUAUGAGUUACAAAUUACAAGAGUCCAAGUUAGAUGUUAAACUUAACGGCCUCUGUCACCGCCUCCGCCCGGCUCCAUCUGGUGCAGGUCUCGCUAGAGGCUGUCCCCAGUCACCUCUCUCCGUCUCUUUAAACUCCCUCCGCUCUCUCCCUCAAUCUCUCUCUCAAAAAUUGGGGAUCGAAUGUCGAAGUGUUUGUUCUCGGUGAAUUUCAAGCUCCCUCUUUUAGGUAAUUCUCGAAUCUCUGGCGAUUACCCUUUUCAGGUUUCAGGGAUUGGCUUAAUUUCUAUUAGAUGUGUUUCGGAAUCUCUUACCACUUUGUUUGCUGUAUUAUUGGCGCGUUCCCCUGAGGAGAUUCUAGGGCUUGUUUAGGAUUACUUUUUUGAGUUCUUACCUCCAUGAUUUGGAUUUUGGUAUUCAAUAUUCCAUGAUUGAUUACCCAGAAAACUAUUAGUUAAUCGAUCGACCUUAUGUGUUUCAAAUCAGUACUUUGAUUUGAUGUUUAGGGUUCUGCUGGGAAUUAUGAUCUGUUCAAUGUUGUCUGAGCUGAUUCUGAUUGUCUGUGUGCUGGAGAGUUUGUUUAUUGUACGAGUAGAGCUGAUUGGUGGUGUUGGUCUCAUGCCAUAAUUAUUACCAAGCUUCAAUCUUUAGCUUUUGGGUUAAUGAAUUUGUGGAUCGUUUAUCUGAUCUCGAUUUCUAUUUGGCAUCAUCCUGGCCAGGUUACUGAUGUACUUGACGAUGCCGUUUUCUUCUGGUCCUUGAAUUCAUCGUGAACUUUUGUGUUCUACCGACUGGGAAGAUCGUGGGCAGUUGAAAUCAUGAAGAGGUUGAUAAGUUGCUUGUUUGGUUUUGUUGACUGAUCGUGGGCUGUGCAAGUGAUUGUGAAAAUCAGAACUCUCAUUAGGGAAGUCGAAACUAGAGAAGAAAAAGGAAAUAUGGCGGAAGCUCUCAUAACGGCAUUAUCAAUGGAGAAUUAUCAUCCUUCUACGCUUUUGUCAAUGGAUUCUGGUUCCUUAAUGCACGAUGAUUUGGAGAGAGAGAUGAAUCGGCCAUUGAUACUCUCCAGACCACCUGACAUCAACCUUCCAGUGUCAUCUGAGCCACCCUCACCUUCUCUUCUGAAUUGGAACGACACAUGUGACAUCUUAGAUUUGGGUCAUGCUCCUCCAGUUUACGAAGUGGAGACAACAGUCAGUGUGCCUAAAGCUUCAAAGAAAUGUGCAAAGAGGCUCGACAGCAUUUGGGGUGCUUGGUUCUUCUUUACCUUCUAUUUCAAGCCGGUUUUGAGUGAGAAGUCGAAGUCCAAGAUAGUGAAGGAUAGCAAUGGUAUCUCUGGGUAUGAAAAAACGGAUCUGCACCUCGACGCAUUCUUGGUGCAGCACGAUAUGGAGAAUAUGUACAUGUGGGUUUUCAAGGAGAAGCCUGACAAUGCGUUGGGUAAGAUGCAACUGAGGAGUUACAUGAAUGGGCACUCGCGUCAAGGUGAGCGCCCAUUCCCAUUCAGCGUUGACAAGGGCUUUGUCCGGUCUCACAGGAUGCAAAGGAAGCAUUACAGGGGUCUUUCUAACCCACAGUGCCUUCAUGGUAUUGAAGUUGUUCACACACCAAACCUCGUGAAUCUCGAAGAGGAAGAGAAGAAGAGGUGGGUAGAACUCACAGGUCGUGAUGUAAAUUUCUGCAUCCCUCCUGAAGCAAGUGAUUUUAGCUGUUGGAGGACCCUGCCAACCACAGAAUUUGAGCUCGAACGCCCCCCUCUGCCAUUGAAGAUCAAUGGCAAUUUUCAUCCGAGGAAAUUGCUUAAUGGUACUGGUUUGAAUCUUUCUACUCAGUCUACUGACCAUAGUAGUAGUAGUAGUGGUGAAGUCAUGGACUAUUCUCCUUUUUCCCACAAUAAAAGGAAGAAGGCGUAUUCUCCUCAGGCAAACGAGGAUGAUUGUCUACGUAAUAACAAUUCUCAUGUUGAGAUAGUAGACAUGAACAUCCAUCCAUCUGAUCCAGCAUGGCUCAAUGACUUCGGUGGGGUGAUGAAAAAUGUUUAUGGGCCCGUUACAGCAGCGAAAACCAUAUACGAAGAUGAAGAAGCAUUCCUGAUCAUCGUCAGCUUGCCAUUUGCAGAUCUGGAAAGGGUGAAAGUCACCUGGAGGAACACCAACAGUCAUGGAAUAGUGAAAAUAUCUUGUGUAAGUACUGCUCGAAUGCCGUUUAUUAAAAGGCAUGAUAGGACAUUUAAACUAACAGAUGCAACUCCGGAGCACUGCCCACCAGGGGAGUUUGUUAGGGAGAUUCCCCUGCCAAACUGCAUCCCUGAAGAUGCUAAACUGGAAGCCUAUCGGGAUGAGACUGGAACCAUUCUGGAGAUUAUUGUGCCGAAACAUCGGGAAGGACCAGAGGAGCAUGAAGUCCGUGUGUGUCUCCGCCCUUCUCCUUUGAGCGAGCGAUCAUUCAUCGACUUGAAGGAGACAUAGAAUGUUCGGAUGGGAUAUACGUCUGUUUACUGACCUGUUAAGGAAAAUCGGCGCAAAUGGUUACUUGGUGCACUUUUGUUUUAGCAUAUUCUUCUGUAUUGCCAUUUUUUUUCCUGUUUUACUUUUGUUCUAGUUCUUGGGUUCCAGUCUGUAGGUUGAUGAUAUACCUGACUCUUCCAUGUUUUGGUUCUUGGUGGGAAAUUUUAGUUCUGGUUUGAUUGUUAUAUUUAUGAGGGGCGUAUUCAUUUCACUAAGGGAAGAAUGAAAAGAUGACUUGAGAUCAGUGAAUGAUUUCUGCUGCAUCAUUGAUUUGUCUGUUCCCAUACAGCUGCUGUAUCAAUAUGUUUUCAGGGUAUGUAGCUGUGGCACCAGAAAGAAUAUCAUCGCGAAGAUAUUUAUGUAUAGAUAGAAUAUGUGCAGGGCAAGAAGAGGAAAUAUUGCAACACUUGACUGCUAAUCAAAGGAAUAGAGUCCCUAACUAGAUGUCCUCUACCCCAUUGAAUAUGCUGGUUUGGUAGAUGGCUUCCAUUGACAUUUUUAAGUAACCAGCCAUUUUUUCUCUUCCUUGUUUCAGUGAAGAACUAGAAACGAUUGCCUACAUCUGAACUCGAGUUUCCAUCCUGUGAUGUAGACUUCGGCUGCAGGCCCUUUGGUUACUAGGUUGAACCUCCCUUUUGCUGGAAUUGAGAAAGACACACUUUGGAUAAAAACCAUCAAAGCGGGCCUUAAGCCCUUAACAGAUCCAAGACCCACACGACACCUAGGACUAGGAGGACUUUCCCAUAUCUUGUUUUACCCAACGAUAGAUUAAGGGCUUGAAUUAAAAAAAAUAAGGUUUUGAUAUAACUUGGAUUUUGAAAAACCAUGAAUAUAUGAGGAUUUUAGGUUCAUUAUGGAUUUGAUAAACACCGUUGUUUGUUUGAUGGAUUUCAUGAUGGAUUUUGUUAAUUAAAUUUGUAUGUAUGAAGUGGAAUUUACCUUUGUUUUCCUCAAUGAUAUAAGAAGAGAAAGGAAAUAUGAGGGGUAGGUUGGUAAAAAACGAUAGACUUCAAAGUCCAUAAUCAAUUCCCACCUAAAUAGGUGGAACUUUCAAGUCCGUGUGGUCCACGAAUUUGGUCCCUUAGGGGUCGUUUGCUUCAUGGAUUUAAAAAUGAGGGUUUUGUAAUUAAAAAACCCAAGGAUUUGAGGCAUCAUGGGUUUGUAACAAUCCUUUGUUUGUUGGGAUGUUUUUAUCAUGGAUUUAAAGGUGUGAGAUUUACUACUUGAAGUCAAAAAUUACAUUACUGUCCUUUUCUAUAUGUUUGACAUGUUUAUGAUAUGUACACAAAACAAGGACAAAACUUCAAAAUUACCUUACUAUCAUUUUCUAUAUGUUUGACAUGUUUAUGAUAUGUACACAAAACAAGGACAAUACAUACUAAUAAGCAUAAUGUUGCCACAUGGACAAUAAUAAUAACCGAGAAAAUUCCGUUUUAACUUUUAACGUAACAUAAUCAAUUACCAAUUCUUUGUCCUCCUUUUCAAAAGUAACAUAUAACAACAUAUAUUAGAAUCGGGAGAACAAAGAAUUACACGUUCCAUGAAAAGGUCAAAGAAAACUAGAACACAAGAAAUGAUAUAAAAAAUCUAACUCAUGUUUGCACAUUAAUUGAACGUUUAAAUUAUUCAUUUAUUGUUAAUUAUAAUGUAUAAUAGUUAAAUUUGAGGGCAACCUUGAAAUAUUAAAAGUGCAUGAGGGUAUAUGGGUAAAAUCUCAUCAAGGAUUUAUGCCAUAUUCCAAAUCCCACAUCAACAUGUGGGAUUUAUAAGUCCAUGGGGUCCACGGAUUUGGACCCUUAAAAUCCGUGGGCCCACGAAUUUGGUCUCCAAAAAAGGUGCAAGCAAACA